CAUUACAUCUUGAUGCCGCAGCAUUUCAUACCCGCAGGUCCGAUCUUGUGCAUGCAAAAGUUGAAGCUGGAGUUACAUAUUUUGCUGAUAUUCGGGAAAUACGCAAUCCAUUAACGUUAUUAUUUCAUCGCAGCGAAUAUUUUUUAUAAACUGGAAUUUUUCACGAAAAUUUCUCCGUACACUCUUAAAAAUAAUGUUAACCUUUUCAAAAGUAAUUGCGUUUGCAAUUCUACAUUGAAUAAACGUUACUAAAUUCUGAGUAAGUUUAAAAGGAGAAAGGAAGUUUAAAAGGUUACUCUGGGUUUAGUAUGAUUUUAAUACCAAUUUUGCGUAUCAAUCUCAAAAAUAUUUAUUCUCAAAAAUCACCAAAUGACGAUGCAAGUGUGGCAUCGAAAGCUUGUAAUAAAUUGGUUUAUAUCAAAAACCAUGUUUCCCGAGCAUUCGUAUGAUUUACUUAACAUAAAACUUCAUUUGCAUUUGAAAAGGUUACAUUAUUUUUAAGAGUGUACCUAAAAAAUCUUGUGAAUUCAAGUAUUUAUAACUGGAACAUAAAUAUUUAAAAUGUUGAAAAUUUCCUGCUCGUCUGUAAAAUUUAAGUUGGAACGGGUGCUAAGAAUAGGACAAAAUGAGCCCUCAUCGUCAACUGGUUCCCUCCAGAGCAAAUUUAUUUUUCGAGGAUGUCCAUCAACAAUUGACACCAAGUCCAGAGUUCGAAAUCAACCUGAACAAAAUGCAAGUACUAUAAACGGUGCAAAUAGGUUCCUGCAAGGGCUGACGCUGGACGUGUUUCAUUCCGCCGGAAGUCUGGACGUCGAACUACGUCUAUACUCUGAUCCUGCAAGUUCGAGUUGGAACUUUGCUUUGGGAUGCAGCUACUGUAACAACACUAGUAGAGCUGCACCCGAUCGCGUCCGUCUCGAAGAGAUCAGAGAUGUUCAGAUAAACACAUAUUUCGAGAAUGAUUCGGGAAGUUCUUCAACCUUUAGUGUUCGUGGGGAUCCAUCAAAGUGUCCUUUUCCUAACGCUCUCUGUCCAUGCAAUAAUGCUGCCAAUACGUUUUGUCUGAGAAGGCCACUCUGUCGACUCAGCAUUUUCGAGAAGUACAUCCAAGAAACCAACAAUGGCGACCAGUUUGUACUUUGCUGCUUUGCAAGUGUCAAUUUUUGCACGGAACCACAUGUCGUGUCGGAAAAAGAUUUUGAAGAACCACUCACCCUGCUGAACACCAUGAUGGAGAAAAAACGGUCAACCUGUGCCGAUUAUGAGGAUAAGGAUAUCACACUCAUCUGCGCCAGUACUGGGACAGAAUUCCCUUGCCAUAAGUUCAUUCUUUCGGCACAAAGUGAUGUCUUCGUGGCUAUGUUUGCGUCAGGAAUGAUGGAGACGGAGAUGAACAAGGUAGCUCUGACGGGCGUUCAGGACGAGACGAUGGAUGCUCUGCUGAGCUACAUGUACAGAGGGAGCUUGCAAGUACCGUAUUCUAGAAGUGACGUAGCCCUUGAGCUACUUCAACUGGCACAUCAGUACGAAAUUCAUUCAUUGGUCGAAAAACUUUUGAAAAUUUUGGACAAUGAGGAAUUAGAGAAGAUUUCGGUUUCCACGGCAAUCAAGAUGUUUGCAUUUUGUAUAAAGUUGCAAGAUUUAUCUGAAUUUUCAGGAUUGAUGAAGAAAUCGGUUGUCAUUAUUAAAAGCAAUGGUGAAACUUUAGAAGAUCAUCCAGACUUUGGAGACCUCUUUCUGGAAAAUCCAUCCCUUGCGAAGCAACUGUCUGUCAAACUUUGCAACACGUGAGGUACACACAUAAUUUUCCUGCUAAAAAUGCUGAACUGCUUUUAAAAACUGCUCUGACUAUCAGUGUCAAUUAAAUGUUCCAAGUUCCCUAGUGUACCAAGUCAAUAAUUACAAUUACUUACAAUUACUUAGUUUAUGAAAAAUAAAUGAGUAAUUAAAUCAUGCAUAUCAAAAUUUGGGGCAAAUAUUCCGGGGGGGAUUUACUCAUAAGAACGGUGCGUCCUUCUUUAGUUGUCAUAUACGCAUCAAUUUAUAAAUAAUUCUGGGAGUGAUUUUUUUGUUCAAAUGAAUACAAAAUAAAUCGCGUCUUUUUGAAA